AUGGAUGAUACAGUAUCAGCUGGUGACGAUCAUAUUCAUGAUCAACAUGAAUUUCCUAUGGAGUAUGAAAAUUUCGGGUUACAGGAUCAUGACUCUCUACAUAAUGUUGAAUUUCAAAUAUCUGAGAGUAGCAAUCUAUAUUUAGAUGACGAUCCAUUAGAACACAUUCAAGAUCACAUGUAUGACAAUUCCGAAUAUCAUUUCGGUGAAUCUAGUAAUCAUAACCCAGAUGCAGAAAAUGGAUUCGAGUUCAAUGAUAAUGAGGCAGAUUAUACUAUAGACGAUGAUAACAUUGAAUUUCAGAAAGAACAAUUGCAUGUUACACAUGAUUAUGUCUCUCCUGGUGGAUCAUCGUAUUGGAUUCCUGUUGUUUCAGACAACAUCAAACCUAAAAUCAAUUCAAUUUUUGAUUCAUAUACAUCAGCAUUAUCAAUGUAUUACAAUUAUGCAUCAUUAGCAGGUUUUGAUGUCAGGCUUGGACCAUUUAGAACAACCGAAUCUGGCAUUACCACACAACGACAUUUGUUAUGCAAUUGGGAAGGUAAACCAACAACCGCUAAAGUGGAUACUUUGGACCCCCAACAUAAUAAGAUUCAGAGAAGGAAAGAUUCAUUUAGGUGCGAAUGCAAAGCGAAAAUUGUUGUUAUUCUACUACAUGGUACUAAUAAAUAUAAUGUUGCUAAAUUUGUUGAACAACAUAAUCAUAUGUUGUUUGGUAAGGACAAUAUGUUUUUGUCUCGUACAAAGAGGAAACUUGAUUAUUCACAGGAGAUGUUUAUUCAUAACUUGUCAAAGCAAAAUAUUAGUGCCUCAAGAGCACAUAGAUUGUAUUAUGGACUUCAAGGUGGUUCUAACAUUCGAUUUGGGUUGGUUUCUGAUUUCAAGAACAAUACGAGAAAUCUCAAUUCUUACAUAGGUGUCAGGGCUGACGAAACUGCAAAGUACAACUACAAAGCUUUUGGAGACGUUGUUUCUUUGGAUUCCACAUUCCUCAUGAAUAAAUAA